AUGUCUGCUCCUGCUGCUUUCUCCGACAUCGCCAAGGCGGCCAACGAUCUCCUGAACAAGGACUUCUACCACAACAGCGCCGCCAACCUCGAGGUUAAGUCCAAGGCUCCCAAUGGCGUCACCUUCAACGUGAAGGGCAAGUCUGCCCACGAGGGUCCCAUUGCUGGCUCCCUCGAGGCCAAGUACGUUGACCAGCCCACUGGUAAAGGCCCCCGGAAACGCAAAAAACAAUGCGAACAUCCCUUGCGCACACCACCCGUCCCUUCGUCCCCAGCAGUGCUUGAGGAUAGGUUCACGUUCAUGUUUGCGUGCAGCCAUGCCCCAUCCCAGCGCUUCUUCCUUCACUUCAUGUCCAGGAUUGUGGAACAUGCAGGAAUGCUAAUUAUCCGUCCCCACCCAGGCCUUACCCUCACCCAGGCUUGGACCACUGCCAACGCCCUCGACACCAAGCUCGAGCUCGACAACAACAUCGCCAAGGGUCUCAAGGCUGAGAUCCUGACCCAGUACCUCCCUGCCAAGCAGUCCAAGGGUGCUAAGCUCAACCUCUACUUCAAGCAGCCCAACCUGCACGCCCGUGCCUUCUUCGACCUCCUCAACGGCCCCUCCGCCAACUUCGACGCUGUUCUCGGCCACGAGGGCUUCCUCGUCGGUGCUGAGGGUGGCUACGACGUCCAGAAGGCCGCCAUCACCAAGUACUCCGCUGCCGUUGGCUACAGCGUUCCCCAGUACUCCGCUGCCAUCACCGCUGGCAACAACCUGACCGUCUUCUCCGCCAGCUACUACCACCGCGUCAACGCUCAGGUUGAGGCUGGUGCUAAGGCUACCUGGGACUCCAAGACCGGCAACUCCGUCGGCCUUGAGGUUGCCAGCAAGUACCGCCUUGACCCCUCUUCCUUCGCCAAGGCCAAGAUCAACGACCGUGGUGUUGCCGCUCUGGCCUACAACGUUCUCCUCCGCCCUGGUGUUACCCUCGGCCUUGGUGCUUCCUUCGAUACCCAGAACCUGAACCAGGCCGCCCACAAGGUUGGCGCCAGCUUCACCUUCGAGGCUUAG